AUGCAGCGCUCCAGUCCACUGUACGGUGGACCUUCGGUGACCGCGCCACCGUUGUUGGCUCCUCUUAGCAAUGCCGAGCAGCAGCAGCAGCAGCAGCAUCAGCACUACGAGACAAUGACACACCAGCAGAAUCAGCUCGGCAGUCCUCCGCAUGGCCGAGGUACACUAAAGCGGAAGCUGCCAAUCGUGGAGCUGGACAGUGCGCGCUACUCGGCCCCCUAUUCACCCGUCACGGAUGCCACCGGUGGCGGUAGUGGUAAUGGUGGGCCACUUCUGAAGACCAAACCACGCAAGGAGUCCGCCUCGACGUCGGGCGGAUGCAGCAGCGGCGUGGAGCUUCACGAGUUCCCGGCGUUCGGGCAAGCCUUUCAGGGUGUUUCGGGCAUUGGCCAGUUUUACGUGAUCGGCCCGAACGACACGAACAACAACGCGGCGAACGCCCUGACGCUCGCCGGCGACGGUCAGCAGCAUCUGCACGCGCACGGCCAGGACCAUCCGGACCAUCACCAUCAGCUAGCGACGUACAUCUACGACGUCCCGACGGUCACCGAGCAGCAUGUGGACGAUGCGACGCAGGUGAUACCGAUUACCGAGCACCAUCUCGUCUCAACCGUGCCGGUCUCGGACGUGGUGCAUCACACCAACGGUAUCGUGCUGACCGACAUCAGCUCCUCAACCUGGACCAGCACGGCCGAGCUGCUCGAUCUCGACCGCAAAUCGACUGCACCGACCCUACCGACCAACGUCCACCAGCAUCGCUACUCCAUCAUCAGUACCGAGCACCAGCACCAUCACCAUCAUCAGCAGCAGCAGCAGCAGCAGCAUUCACAACAUCAACAGAGCCACCAUCAAAACCAUCAGUCACAUCACCAACACCAGCACCACGGUCAUCAGCAUCAUCAGCAGCAGCAGUGUCUCGUUACCACGCAUCACCAACAGCACCACCAGCACCAUCAUCACCAACAACAACAUCACCAUACGAGCCAUCAAUCGUCCGUGCAGCAACUCCACAUGCACCAUCAACCGACUCCACAACAGCAGCAGCAACAGCAGUCGCCAUCUUGUCCGUCUUCGCCACGGCUACCGGCCACACCGACAACCGUCUCCUCCCCGUCGCACAAUGUCCCCACGUCACAACACCACAGCAACAAUCAACCACCGGUGGGUCACCAGUACGUACCGCAGCAGUACGCUGCCGGCGACGCUGGCAGUCCCUACGGUAGCACCGGCAACAAUCAGAGCAACACACCGGGCGGUGCCAGCUGGCCGAACCCGACGGCACAAACCGACGCAACCACGGAGGUCGCCAGCAGCCCUCGGAUGGAGCCGGCCUCAGGAGGAGCACCAGUCACCAAUGGUAAGGUCACUCUCGCGUCCCAAACGCCGGACACGCCCGAGGACUGCAAGAACCUGUCGUGGCUGCUGAACUUCAAGCUGGACGACAUACCGAACCUUUCGCCGCGCUCGAACAGAAAGCAGCGCUCGAAAUCGAAUGCUGCCGGAGGCGGCCAGAGCCAGAGUGCGGCUGAUGGGUCCACUGGCGGCAACGGGAGCCUCGGGAGCGACCACGGCGCCGUCGCCAUCGAGGAAGGUGAUCUGAACGUCGGCGAGAAUGUGACCAUUGAGAGCAGUACCGGCAAAUCACCCAAGAAACCGCCCUUCACCUACACCGAACUGAUUGAGUACGCGCUGGAAGAGCAGGGGGACCUCACCGUAGCCGCCAUCUACCAGUGGAUUUCGGAUCACUUUCCGUACUACAAAUCUCACGACGACCGUUGGAAAAACUCCGUUCGGCACAACCUGUCGAUCAACCCGCACUUCCGCAAGGGUCGCAAGUCGUCGCACGGUUCCGGGCACCUCUGGACAAUCUCGAGCCGCAACUCGGAGGACAACUUCCUCGCUUGGGAGCACAAAAAGCAACGCUUCGAGUGGUUCUUCAAGAUGGAGGCGAACGCGCGCGUCCGAGAGCUGGGUACGACCGACUCGAUGACGGACGACGAGGUGGCUGCUGCCACGGCUAGCCUGGCACAGUACGCCCCGAAGUCCCCUACGGCAGGACCCGGUAGUCCGGUGUGUCAGACCCUUGAAGCCAUAAAUCCCGCUGCUUCCGAACCAAAUCAUCACCUUCCAGUGCAGACCACGCUACAACAGCAGCAGCAACAGCAGCAGCACCACCACCAUCAUCAGCACCACCAUCAGCAACAGCAGCACGCACAUCAACAGGGCCCGCAGCAGAUCGCGACCACGUAUCAGCAUACGCAGACACUGUACGCCGACAUCAUCACCAGCGCGCAGUUCGAGGUAACUGCGACGUCGGAAGAAAUCAAACACGCUGAAGAGGACACACUCAACGGGUUCCGGCGAGGGACGGAGAUACAGAUCGUGCGCCCCACGCAAACCAUACAGACGUACGAAAUGUUGGAUACAGAGUAUAGCAUUGCCGACUACCUGAACCCGGUGCCGAAGGAGGAAAUCGUGCAGGAGUGCGGCCUGCGCUCGGUGGCGCUCGAUCCGGCCGAGCUUGGCAUCAACAUUCCGUCGGCCACCGGCCAGGACGAGGACAUCCUGUUCGACGACUUCAAUCUGAACUACUUCGGCAAUAACAUCAUGACCUGA